CAGCCAGCGGACAAAUUGGCGCCAUUUUGAAGCCGAAAGGAGGAUCAGAGUUGGUGGGAGAAGCGAUUGGCUGCAGCUCCUCAAAUAAGCGAGCACUAGUUGGAGAGCAUGGCUCACUCCAAGAAUCGAGCCACAGAUGGCAAGAUCACCUACCCACCGGGGGUGAAGGAGAUCUCUGAUAAAAUCUCAAAGGAGGAGAUGGUGCGGAGGCUCAAGAUGGUGGUGAAGACCUUUAUGGACAUGGAUCAGGAUUCAGAAGAGGAGAAAGAGCUGUACCUGAACCUGGCCUUGCACCUGGCCUCAGACUUCUUUCUAAAACACCCAGACAAAGACGUCAGGCUCCUAGUGGCCUGCUGCCUGGCUGACAUCUUCCGCAUCUACGCCCCAGAGGCGCCCUACACCUCACCAGAUAAGCUAAAGGAUAUAUUUAUGUUCAUAACUCGACAGCUGAAAGGAUUGGAGGACACCAAAAGUGCCCAGUUCAAUCGAUAUUUCUACUUACUGGAGAAUAUUGCCUGGGUGAAAUCGUACAACAUCUGCUUUGAGUUGGAGGACAGCAAUGAAAUAUUUACUCAACUGUACAGAACCCUCUUCCAAGUGAUCAACAAUGGCCACAAUCAGAAGGUGCACAUGCAUAUGGUGGACCUGAUGAGCUCAAUCAUCUGUGAGGGUGACUCCGUCUCUCAGGAGCUUCUGGACACUGUCUUGGUCAAUUUGGUUCCCGCACACAAGAAUCUGAAUAAACAGGCGUAUGACCUGGCCAAAGCCUUACUGAAGAGGACUGCACAGGCCAUAGAGCCUUACAUAACUAAUUUCUUUAACCAGGUGCUGAUGCUGGGGAAAACUUCAGUGAGCGACCUGUCAGAGCACGUCUUUGAUUUAAUCCUGGAGCUCUACAACAUCGACAGUCAUCUACUCCUGUCUGUACUGCCUCAGCUAGAGUUUAAACUGAAGAGUAACGAUAACGAUGAGCGCCUUCAAGUUGUGAAGCUCUUGGCUAAGAUGUUUGGGGCUAAGGAUUCUGAGCUAGCCUCUCAGAACAAACCUCUGUGGCAGUGCUACCUCGGGAGGUUUAAUGAUAUCCAUGUUCCUAUUCGACUGGAGUGUGUGAAGUUCGCCAGUCACUGUCUGAUGAACCAUCCUGACUUGGCUAAGGACCUUACAGAAUAUCUUAAAGUGAGGUCCCAUGACCCAGAGGAAGCCAUCCGGCACGAUGUGAUCGUGUCCAUCGUUACUGCCUCUAAAAAAGAUCUGUCGCUGGUCAACGAUCACUUGCUGAACUUCGUGAGAGAGAGGACACUUGACAAGCGGUGGAGGGUGCGUAAAGAAGCUAUGAUGGGCCUUGCACAGAUCUACAAGAAGUACUCGCUGCAGGCAGAAGCAGGCAAGGAAGCAGCCAAACAGAUCUCCUGGAUCAAAGACAAACUGCUGCACAUCUACUAUCAGAACAGCAUAGAUGACCGGUUGCUUGUGGAACGAAUCUUUGCACAGUACAUGGUGCCUCACAAUUUAGAGACUACAGAACGGAUGAAGUGUCUGUAUUACCUAUAUGCUACGUUGGAUUCUAAUGCAGUAAAAGCCCUGAAUGAGAUGUGGAAGUGUCAGAAUAUGCUACGGCACCAUGUCAAAGAUCUGCUGGAUCUUGUGAAACAGCCAAAGUCGGACUCCUACAACAAGGCGGUCUUCUCAAAAGUCAUGGUCAUCACAAGGAACUUGCCGGAUCCAGGCAAGGCACAGGACUUUGUGAAGAAACUGGUUCAGGUUCUGGAAGAGGACGAGAAGAUCAGGAAGCAACUGGAGACACUGGUCAGCCCCUCCUGCUCCUGCAAGCAGGCUGAGGUCUGCGUGAAAGAUAUUACGAAAAAACUGGGCAGCCCCAAGCAGCCCAGCAACCCUUUCCUGGAGAUGGUGAAGUUCUUAUUAGAAAGGAUUGCCCCUGUCCAUAUUGACACAGAGUCCAUCAGUGCACUAAUCAAACAGGUGAAUAAGUCCAUAGAAGGGACAGCUGAUGAUGAAGAUGAAGGUGUACCCACUGAGCAGGCUAUUAGAGCUGGCCUAGAGCUCCUCAAGGUUCUGUCCUUCACUCAUCCGGUGUCCUUCCACUCGGCUGAGACGUUUGAGUCUCUCCUCGGCUGUCUGAAGAUGGACGACGAGAAGGUGGCUGAGGCAGCACUGCAGAUUUUCAAAAACACUGGCGGGAAACUGGAGGAGAGCUUCCCACACAUCAAAUCGGUUCUUUUGCCAGUACUGCAGCACAAGGCCAAAAAGGGCCCACCCCGUCAAGCCAAGUAUGCCAUACGCUGCAUUCACUCCAUGUUCUCAAACAGAGACACCCACUUUGCACAGAUAUUUGAGCCUCUGCAUAAGAGUCUGGACACAGAGAACAUGGAGCAGCUCAUAACUCCUCUCACCACACUGGGCCACCUGGCCAUGCUGGCUCCAGAGCAGUUUGCUGGACCCCUCAAAUCCCUGGUGGCCAACUUCAUCGUCAAAGACCUGCUAAUGAAUGACAGGAUUCCUGGCAAGAAAACCACCAAGCUCUGGGUUCCAGAUGAUGAAGUUUCCCCUGAAACGUUGGCUAAGAUCCAGGGCAUUAAGCUGAUGGUGCGGUGGCUGCUCGGGGUGAAAAAUAAUCAGAGCAAGUCGGGUAACUCCACGCUCAGGAUGCUCACUGCCAUACUGAACAGUGAUGGAGACCUGACCGAACAGGGCAAGAUGGGGAAGCCGGACAUGUCGCGGCUUCGCCUGGCAGCGGGCUGCGCAGUGCUGCGUUUGGCUCAGGAGCCCUGCUACCAUGAGAUCAUCACCCUGGAGCAGUACCAGCUCUGUGCUCUCGUCAUAAACGAUGAGUGCUACCAAGUGCGGCAGGCCUUUGCUCAGAAGCUGCAUAAAGGCCUGUGUCGGCUGCGGCUGCCGCUGGAGUACCUGGCUGUGUUCGCUCUGUGUGCCAAAGACCCGGUGAAGGAACGCAGGGCUCACGCCCGCCAGUGCCUGGUCAAAAACAUCAACCUGCGCAGGGAGUACCUCAAGCAGCAUGCCGCGAUCAGCGGUGAGGAGAAAUUGAUUUCUCUCCUGCCAGAAUAUGUGGUGCCAUACGCCAUCCACCUACUGGCUCAUGACCCAGACUAUGUGAAAGUACAAGACAUUGAGCAGCUCAAAGACAUCAAAGAGGCCUUGUGGUUUAUUUUGGAGAUCCUAAUGGCCAAAAAUGAGAACAACAGUCAUGCAUUCAUUAGGAAAAUGGUAGAGAACAUCAAACAGACAAAAGAUGGCCAGUGUCCUGAUGAUGCCAAGAUAAACGAGAAACUGUACACAGUGUGCGAUGUAGCCAUGAAUAUAGUCAUCUCCAAGAGCACUACAUACAGUCUGGAGUCACCGAAAGACCCUGUGCUGCCUGCACGCUACUUCACUCAACCUGACAAGAAUUUCAGCAACACGAAGAAUUACCUUCCACCUGAGAUGAAGGCAUUUUUCACCCCAGGAAAGCCUAAAGCAGCUAAUGUGCUGGGUGCUGUGAACAAACCCUUAUCAGCCACAGGCAAGCAGCAAACCAAGCUCUCCCGCAUGGAGACCAUCAGCAAUGCCAGCAGCAAUUCCAAUCCCAGCUCCCCUGGCCGCAGCAAAGGAAGACUGGACGCAUCAGAGAAGGACCACAGCGAGAACGAGGACAUCUCCAUGAAGAGCCCGUCUGAAGGAGAAAAGCCCAGCAGGGGGCGCAAGCGAGGCGCGGCAUCCAGCCAGGAGGAUAAAGCCCAGGAGUCGAAGCCCAAACGCGGCCGCAAGAAAGCGGCCAACACCAGCACGGACGAUGCGGAGGAGCAGUGGGGAGAGGACAGCAGCAUGGCCGAAGCUUCCAUGGAGACGGAGGACGAACAGAACAGUCCGCCCAAGAGGGGCCGCAGAGGACGACCUCCAAAAUCUGCCACCAAGGACGAAACUCCAAGCAAGGGAAGGAGAGGACGCAGGAAGGCCGCACCACCUCCGGAAGAAGAGAAUGACGAAGAACAGGAGGAAGAGGAGGAGGAAGAGGAAGACGACGCAGGCAGUGAGAACAUGGAAGUGAAGCCUAAAGGCAGGCGAGGUCGCAAACCAAGAGUGGAAGCAUCAGAGGCCACCAGUGAUUCAGUUGAAUCCACGCCACAGAAAAGAAGAGGACGACCUCCAAAGUCACAAACGGCAGCUAGAAAAUCAGGUGGUGGACGAUCCAGAGCAGCAGUAAGCCAAGAGGAAGAGUCUGAGGAGGAGAUGGAGACAUCCCAACAGAGUGAGGAGGAGGCAGAGGAGGAGCAGUUACAGGAUUCCUCACCUAAAGUUCGACGGAAGUCGGGAAGGCGAGACCGCAGAUGAGUGAGCUGAGAUUCUCCAGCGCGGGAGAUUCACGAUGGCCAAGCCUAGAAGAGCCGCAGAAGACAAAGGAGGGAAUUUUUGGAGAUUUUGGACUUUUUGGAGCCAUGCAUCUGCUUCAGCUGUAUUUUGCCGUCUUUUCUGCCGUAUGCUUUUGCCACGCCUGCCCACCAUGACUCAUGGUUUGUUUUGCAUUGUUGCGUGUGCCGACCAUGUGGAAGAUCUUAUCCUACUCAAAAAAAAAAAGAAGAAAAAAAGAAAAAUGUAAAUAGUCUUCGUUCUGUCACCCCUGUCUCUACAAACCCCCUUCCACCCAACUUUAGGGAGACAACUGUAUAGCUUUUACCCUUCCAGCUUUAAAGAUAUUGCACCAGCUGAUCUGUCCAAGUAUAAAAGGAAAAAAAAAAGAAUUCUGACAAGCGACUUUUAGCAGUACUGUAUCUGUCCGGUGUGUUUUCUGUAUCAUUCUGUACUGUGCUACAUUAAUUAACUGUUUUGUAGUUCCAUUUUUUUUAAAUUUGUUUGUCAUUUUAUUCUUUCCCUUUUUUAACCCCUCUCAUUUGUAUAAUUCUUGUGUGCAUAUUAUUGUGGAUGUGCAAAUGUGCCUCUGCAGGACAAAAAGAAACACUGGUUUGACGACAAAAUCACGUAUUUGUUAUCUUUUCCUGGCUCAGUAUUGAUUUAAGCAGUGUUUGGAACAACAGGGAAAGUGUGGUACAGAGCAUCCAUUUUAAUAUUGGCUGUGCAUUGCAAAACAGUUGCGGAUUAAAGUCCCCCAAAUCACUUUUUCAGUCUGCUGAACCAAUAAAAUAUUCUCUUUAAAUAA